UGUUUCGUGUUUGCCAGCUGUUGCUGUUGGGCCGGUCACUGAAUGCGUUGGCUGGAUGCACGACGGUCUCGAUCGUCUAGGAGUUUCAAGAUUUUUUUAAGAGAUUGUUUAAGAUAUUUCAACUACUCGUCACUCUCUAGUCUCUAUCGUAUCCGAUUUGAACGAGAACUAAGUAAAAUUUGCGUCGCGAGACGUGACUGAAAAGAGAUGCUUGCGUACCGUGCGUUUAACCUAUAACGAUGGACAUUUGCAAAUUUUGUUCGUAAAGUGUCCGCCGGAACGAGAUCGAGGAUCAUGGAAAAAGACGGUAAAAAUUUGUCGUUAUUUCAAUGGCAUUAUUAAAGACGAAAAGGAUGUCUCCGCUGGAAUGGCUGCCAUCCGUACAUUGCUGAAAGUUUUGGAAUAUUCAAAGUCUGAAACUGUUCAAGAACUCAGAUAUUGUCUACAGAAUGCGAUAGAUGCGAUGAGAUCUACGGAGAACCCAGUAACAGCCAUAGCAUCUGGUAGUGAAUUGUUCCUCCGUUUUAUAACUUUGGCCACGCUCGACACUCCUUCGAUAGCUGAAUGCAAAGGAAUCAUGCUACGCAGAGGCAACAUGUUUUAUGAAAAACUGGUGGCUGCCAGAGGAAAGGUGGCUAAAGUAGCGGCACAUUUCAUCAAGGAUGGUUCUAAAAUACUUACACAUUCAAAAUCGAGAGUCGUGUUGCAAGCGAUGAAAGGGGCAGUCGACAGUAACAAGAUAUUCCAAGUGUAUGUGACGUGUUCUGCUCCAGACGAUAGCGGAGAGGAAAUGUGUCGAGAUCUAACGAAAUUAGGAGUGUCUUGCACGCUGAUAUUAGAUUCUGCGAUGGGGUAUGUGAUGGAACAAGUGGACAUGGUGAUGGUAGGAGCCGAAGGCGUAGCAGAAAGUGGCGGCGUUAUAAACAAGGUGGGAACAUACACGAUGGCCAUGUGCGCGAAGGAAGUGAAGAAACCUUUCUACGUUUUGACGGAGAGUUUCAAAUUUUCAAGGAUAUAUCCCUUGAAUCAAGUCGAUCUUCCGAAUGAAUUUAAGUACACGGCGAGUACGUUGAAAAAAGAUUUGCGGAAAGAACAUCCGUUGGUCGAUUAUACGCCACCGCAUUAUAUCAGUCUCCUGUUUACCGAUCUGGGUAUACUAACGCCUUCUGCUGUGAGUGACGAACUUAUUAAAUUAUAUUUGUAAAACUAGUAUGUUGCGCACGACAAACUUCUGACGACGACGACAGCAAUAAAUCCAACCAUUUUACGAAAA